AUGAGGGCUGUUUUUACUAUAUCGAAUUUGUCAAAACUUGAGUUUGUGGCACUUGACAUUUCUGGAAAGAAUUACCUAUUAUGGGUUCUCGAUGCUGAGAUUCACUUAGCCGCUAAAGGCCUUGGUAAUACCAUUACUCAUGGUAAUGAGGCAUCAAGCCAGGACAAAGCGAAGACCAUGAUUUUCCUUCGUCAUCAUUUGGAUGAAGGUUUGAAGGUUGAAUAUUUAACAGUGAAAGAUCCACUUGAAUUGUGGACCGGCCUAAAGGAAAGGUAUGAUCACCUUAAGGCUACGCAAUACCGUGAAAGGAAUUUUAAAAAGUAUUUUGAAUUGAUCUCAUGCCUUCUGGUGGCUGAGCAACGUAAUACUCUUUUGCUGAAAAUUCAUGAAGCCCGUCCCACAGGGUCAGCUCCGCUUUCUGAAGCGAAUAUGGUAGCUAGACGUGAUAAGUCUGAAAAAAAACAGAAUAAUAAUCAUGGCCAUAUGAAUGUACGUGAGCAUGGAACUGUUAAGGCAAGCGGGCCUUCAAACAAAAAUGAUGACAAUGCCGAGACAAAUCUUGCUUUAAAUGAUGAUGAUUUUCAAAGCCUUGAUGAUCUUACUCAUUUGGAAGUUGAAGACUUCUUUGGAGAUCAAAACUAA